GAGGGGGCAGGGGGCGGAGCUGGAGGGGGUGGUUCCGCGCGGGGGCAGUUGGCUCCAGACAAAUAAACAUGGAGUCCAUCUUCCACGAGAAACAAGAAGGCUCACUUUGUGCUCAACAUUGCCUGAAUAAUUUAUUGCAAGGAGAAUAUUUUAGCCCUGUGGAAUUAUCCUCAAUUGCACAUCAGCUGGAUGAGGAAGAAAGGAUGAGAAUGGCAGAAGGAGGAGUUACUAGUGAAGAUUAUCGCACAUUUUUACAGCAGCCUUCUGGAAAUAUGGAUGACAGUGGUUUCUUCUCUAUUCAGGUUAUAAGCAAUGCCUUGAAAGUUUGGGGUUUAGAACUAAUCCUGUUCAACAGUCCCGAGUAUCAGAGGCUCAGGAUCGAUCCUAUAAAUGAAAGAUCGUUUAUAUGCAAUUAUAAGGAACACUGGUUUACAGUUAGAAAAUUAGGAAAACAGUGGUUUAACUUGAAUUCUCUCUUGACGGGUCCAGAAUUAAUAUCAGAUACAUAUCUUGCACUUUUCUUGGCUCAGUUACAACAGGAAGUAUUCCUAGAAGCAGAAAAAGAAGCGCUGUAUUUGACUUACAUAAAAGCUUUACAUUACAAAUGCCUUUGUGUUCUGUCUAAAAUAGAAGACUGGUUGCAGUUAAUACCAGUGCUUUUGUUCUUUAGAGUCCAUAAAACAGACCUGGAACGAGUGUUAGAAGCAAAUGAUGGCUCAGGAAUGUUAGAUGAAGAUGAGGAGGAUUUGCAGAGGGCUCUGGCACUAAGCCGCCAAGAAAUUGACAUGGAAGAUGAGGAAGCAGAUCUCCGCAGGGCUAUUCAGCUAAGUAUGCAAGGUAGUUCCAGAAAUAUAUCUCAAGAUAUUCCACAGACAUCAGGUACAAAUCUUACUUCAGAAGAGCUUCGGAAGAGACGAGAAGCCUACUUUGAAAAACAGCAACAGCAGCAGCAGCAACAACAGCAACAGCAGCAGCAGCAGCAGCAGCAGGGGGACCCAUCAGGACAGAGUUCACAUCCAUGUGAAAGGCCAGCCACCAGUUCAGGAGCUCUUGGGAGUGAUCUAGGUGAUGCCAUGAGUGAAGAAGACAUGCUUCAGGCAGCUGUGACCAUGUCUUUAGAAACUGUCAGAAAUGAUUUGAAAACAGAAGGAAAAAAAUAAUAUCUUUUAAAAACAAUUUAGAUAUUCAUACAUUGCAACAUUAUCCUGUGUGAUUACAGCAUAGGGUCCAUUUUGGUAUGUGUCAAAAAGAUGAGGAAAUGAGACUUUUUGUGGUUUGCAAACAAAAUGAUGGGAAAGUGGAACAAUGCGUCAGUUGCAGGACUAAAUAAUGAUCUUCCAAAUAUUAGCCAAAGAGGCAUUCAGCAAUUAAAGACAUUUAAAAUAGUUUUCUAAA